AUGGCGGCCGCUGCUACAAACGUCCCCGCCGGCUCGGCCGUGGCGGCCGUGCUGGCGUUUCUCCAGGCCGCGACGGCCGUAUUCGCGUGCGCAUGGUCGCGGCAGAGUCUCGCCGAGGACGAUGACGAAAAGGACCCGGAACUCGUCUCGGGCGCCUCGCCCCUGGCUGAGCAUGGCGAUCAUCUGCGUGCCGCCGUGGCCGCGACUGAGGAGGCCAAGGCGGGCGAUGUGCCUACGGCUCUCCUGCGCGAAUGCGUCAAGAUUGGCAAGGACAUCGGGCUCCGGCUUGAUCGGCUUGCGGAGGACGCCGCGUUUACUUGGGAGCUCGCCGACCUGGUCGUGCUCGGCGAGCGACUGGACACCCUGGUCCAGCGAGCGCAGCGCCUCGAACAGUCACCUUUUCCGGUUGAGGAGCUUCACCAGCUGGAGCGGCAGCUCGUCGUCCGCCUGGCGCCGAACGCGCCGGCCCUUGACGAGUUCUACAACGGCGAGCCCAGCAAGGCCGACGGCAGGCGCGGCGGCGCCAAGGAGCCACGCUCGGGGCUCGAGACGCCGACGCGGGGCCCGCGCGGGGAGGUGGCGCCGGAGGUCCUGCACGACUUCAUCCUCGAGGCGCUCGCGUACAAGAGCAUGCGUGACCGCGAGGACGAGGUCACCGAAGCCCACGCCUCCACCUUUGACUGGGUCUUCGCGGACGGGGAGCACGGCCUGAAGACCUGGCUGUCCACGGCGGACGCGGGCCCCGUCUACUGGAUCACCGGCAAGCCCGGCUCCGGCAAGUCGACCUUUAUGCGGCACCUCUCCCGACACGAAGCGACGGCCCGGUGCCUCGGGGCCUGGGGCGGCGGCACCCCGGUGCUGGUGGCGGGCUUCUUCUUCUGGACGGGUGGCGCGCGCGAGCAGCGCUCCCGCACGGGCCUGCUGCGCUCGCUGCUGCACCAGCUGCUCUCGGCGCGGCCGGGACUCGCGGCGGCGGCGUUCCCGGCGCUGUGGGCGCGGCUCCAAGGCAUGUCGACGAAGGAGCGCGUGAGGCUGCGGCUCGCGUGGACGGCGGAGGAGCUGCUGCCCGCGUUGCACGCGCUCGUGGCGGCCGUGGCGGCGGCGGCGGACGGGACGAAGACUUGCCUGUUCGUGGAUGGCAUGGACGAGUUUGAGGGCGACCACGCGGCCGUGGUGGACCUGUUCCGCGGCCUGGCGACGGCGGCGGGGGGGAGGGUCAAGAUGUGUCUGUCGUCGAGGCCGUGGGAGGUGUUUAGGGACGCGUUCGCGUUCACGGUGCCGAAUCUACGGCUGCAGGAGCUGACGCGCGGGGACAUGCGGCGGUACGUCUCGGAGACGCUGGCGAGGGACGGCGAGGUGGGCGCGGUCCUGGAGCGUGACGAGGAAGGAGGCGCGCGGUUCGUGGACGAGCUGGUGGAUCGCGCGGACGGCGUGUUCCUGUGGGUGCGGCUGGCGGUCGAGAAGAUCCUGGAGCGGUCUGCGGGAGCAGCGACGGACGGGGUGGACGGCCUGGCUCGGCUCCUGGCCACGCUCCCGGCGGACCUGGACGCGCUGUUCGCGAAGCUGCUCUUCGAGGACCAGACGCCGGAGGAGCUCGCGCAGACGGCGGCCGUGUACGGCCUGAUGCGGACUAGGGAGGAGGCGGCCGACUUUGUGCGCAACGACGACGCCAGCAACCUGACGGUCUGGGAGCUCGCCUUCGCGCUGGACAAGGCGGACGACCAGAUGGUCCUCGACAAGCUGGCCGUGGAGGAAGCCAAGGACGAUUUUGUCCAGCAGCGCGCCGAGGCGACCAUCGAGACGAUUCAGAAGAGGUUCUCCGGGCUGCUGGACCUCCACGUCCGCAGCCGCGAGGGCAACCUCCUCCGAGGCAGCAGCAGACCGCGCUCGAUGCGAGACCGCGCCCGGGCCAGGGUCGUCUACAUCCACCGCACCGUCCGCGACUGGCUCCUCUCCGGGCCCGGCGUCCAGCUCACCCGGCCCGCCGACCUGGACCCGGACCUGCGCCUGCUGCGCUCCUACGUGCUGCAGAUGAAGCGCCCGCUCGGCGUCUUCGAGCGCCACCGCUUCCUCGACGACUGGUGGCCCGGCAUCACGCUCGCCCUGACCCACGCGCGGCGCGCCGACCCCGCCGACCCGGAGGGCCUCCAGCGGGCAUUCGUCAAUGAGCUCGACGCCACGGUCGGCCGGUGGUGGCUGCCGCGGCCGCGCGACCCGCGCGACCACUGGGCGCGCGCCGCGUUCGGCACGUUCGAGACGCGCGCCAAGGCGGCGCCCAUCGGGCGGCCGUUCCUGUGCCUGGCGGUGCGCUUCGGCCUGCGCGCAUACGUCGCCGCCGAGCUCGCCGCGCGGCGGCAGGAGAAGGAGGAGGAGGAGGAGGAGGAGGAAGACGAUGCUCCAUCGGAGGAGGUGCGCGCGCUGCGGGUGGACGAUGCGGUGCCGCUGCUGGCGUAUGCCACGGAGUUUUCGUGCUCCCGGCGGCAAACGGUCUACCCGGCGUCGGACCCGGCGCUGGUGGAGACGCUGCUGCGGGCGGACGGCGGAGAGGGUCCGGACAGCAGGUACCGCGACUUUGCGACGCGUGCGGAGACGACGACGUGGCUGGCGAUGCUGCGGCACCUCCGGGAUGCGCGGAGGAGGAGGUGGAUCGGGCGCUACGACGUGGACGGCGACGGCACGCGGAGGUGGGCGAGGGUGGUGCGGCUGCUGCUGGAGGUGGGCGGUGCGGACCCGCGCGCGGUGGUCAAGGCGGACGCGUGGGAUCCGGAGAUCACGGCGGAGGGCGUGAUGGAGAUGCUGGACGAGACGUACAAUGACGUGGAGAUUCGGGGAUUGAGGGACUUGCUGCGUGGCUUGCUGCGGGAGACUGGGGAGCAGCCUGAUCAACAGGUCCAAGGAACACCCUAG